AUGAACAUCAGUGAAUCAUCCGUGAAGCUGAAGAAAAAGAAAGGACUGAGAAAGAAGCACAGGCUACUUUACAAAGUAAAAAGCUAUUGUUUCCUAAGUGGACUCUCCAGUGUGAUGUUGUUGAUCUUCGAGCUUCAGAACACACGAUACUCCCAACUUGAUAUGCCCAUCACUCCAAAAGCUUUCCGUUUUUGUGCUUCCGUUAAAGUAUCGCAUGCUCCAAUCACAGACAGUGGAGUUGAUCAUAUGCUUUUCUCAUUAUAUCUUAAGCAUAUGAAUCUCCAAUAUGAAACUUGGUCAUUAAGCAAGAUUACAGGUGUGAAAGUCACAGGGGCAAUUGAGACUGAUAGCUUUCCAAACGCCAAGUUUAAAGUAGCGAGAGGUUCAACCAAUCAAUGCUUCGAGUUUACUCUAGCAGAUCUUCCAUACCUCAACCCAAACGAUUGGUUCACUCUUUACAACAUGUUGAAGAAGAACAAGGAAAAGUACCUGUCAUGUUUCAUCUUAAGCUUAUGA